AAACUUUGUUUUGUUUGUCUUUUUCAGCAAGCAAUUUAAUUUAAACAUAAUCUUAGUUAUGUGAAUUUAUUUACGACAAGUUCACGAUGAUGAUUUGAUGAUGCGAAUUCAUGAAAUAAUGAAUUCUAAAAGAAUUAUUUAUGUAAGCGAUGAUAAUUUGUUAUUUCAAUGUAAUCGCCUACCGGCUGUGUCAGGAAGAGCUUCCAUGGUACACGAGUUAAUUAUUUCGUAUGGGCUUACAAAAUACUUAAAUGUGCUGCGACCCAUAUGUGCUACUUAUGAUGAUCUUCGGAAGUUUCACUCCGAUUUAUACAUUGAUUACGUGAUGUCAAUCAAAGAAAUCGAUGAUGAUUAUAUGACUAACGAAGAAGACGAAGAAUAUGGCAUGGGAUAUGACUGUCCACCAGUUUCGGAUAUGUUUCAACUUGUAUCCACAGUAGCAGGAGGGUCUAUAACAGCAGCCAAGUGUCUAGUAUCUGGCUCUGCUGAUAUUGCUAUCAACUGGUGUGGAGGCUGGCAUCAUGCACAAAGGUUUGGCGCAGAUGGAUUUUGUUAUGUUAAUGAUAUAGUAUUGGCCAUUGAAACAUUGAGGCAAAAAUUUAACAGAGUGCUUUAUAUAGACCUAGAUGUACAUCAUGGUAAUGGUGUCCAAGAUGCAUACAAUUUAAGCAAGUCAGUUUUCACUUUGUCAUUUCACAAAUUUGAGCCAGGUUUUUACCCAGGAACCGGAGGCCUAGAAGAUAUUGGUGUUUUGACUGGCAAGGGUUACAGCUGCAAUUUUCCAUUGCAAGCAUGGUAUUCUGAUGGAACCAUUGAAUAUGUUUUUAGACAGAUAUUUCCAGAAGUAUUUACCAAAUUUAAGCCAGAUGUUACAGUGGUACAAUGCGGAGCGGAUGGUUUAGCUCAUGAUCCCAAUGGUGGUGCGAAUCUUACUGCGCAUGGUUAUAGCUUGUGCCUUACCAGAAUUUUGGAUAUGCAAAAACCUUUGUUACUCCUUGGUGGGGGUGGUUACAAAUUUUCGAAUACCGCGCGUCUGUGGACUACAAUAACGGCUCAAGUUUUAGGAGUUUCUUUAGAUGAAAACAUACCAGAACAUGAAUACUGGACUGAAUAUGGCCCUGAUUACACUAUAACAGUAGAACCUAUGUUAAUAAAAGAUAGUAAUAAGAGAAUGUAUUUAGAUCAAUGUAUAAGUGUUAUAAAGGAAAACUUGAAUAAAUACAUAGAUGUAGAGCCACCUGUUCAAGAAAAGGCGCAGAAACAGGAUACUAAUAAAGAAAGACACAAACAUAACUGUGAUAGAGUUUGUGAAACGGAGAGUAUUAUAAAAAUAUUCAAAAACAAUGUACAUAAGAAAGAAAACGCUGUUUCAACACAUUCAGAUGUAUAUGACUUUGUGGAUUAAAUUAAACAA